GCACGAGAAUAUUUAAACUGUCGCAUGAAGAAUGAACUUAUGGAAAAGGCUGAAUGGUCAAAGCUAGGAUUUGAGGAUAAAUCGGAAAGGCAAAAGGAAACCACAACAACAACGUCAACGCCAAAUAGGACAAAAUGAAAACAACAAAAAAUCUACUUCUAGCCUGUACAGCAAGUGUGGCCACCAUCAAGUUUCCACUGCUAAUUGAAAAACUACAAAAUUUAGAUACGGAAUUUAGCUUUAAUAUUAAAGUAAUUUUAACUGAAAACGCCAAACAUUUUGUCAAAGCCUCCGAGUUACCCAAAAACAUAGAAAUAUUAGAUGACCAAAGUGAAUGGAAUGCGUGGACAAAACGAGGUGAUCCUGUUUUACACAUCGAUUUGGGAAAAUGGGCAGAUAUGCUGGUAAUAGCACCGUUAAGUGCAAACUCAUUGGCAAAAAUUGCAGUUGGUCUAUGUGAUAACUUGUUACUGUGCGUGGUGCGUGCUUGGGAUUUCAAGAAACCUCUACUCUUUUGUCCAGCCAUGAAUACGCGCAUGUUUGAUCAUCCCGUAACCAGUGAACAUAUAAACAAAUUAAAAUCCUGGGGUUAUCAUGAAGUUCCAACCGUUUCCAAAACUCUGAUGUGUGGUGAUACAGGCAACGGGGCCAUGGCUGAGGUUGAUACAAUUAUUGAAAAUAUUUUACUAAAAUUGCGUUGUGUGUAAAUAAAAAAAACAUAAUUAUAUAAUAAUAAAAAUAUACUUUCCAGUGAGAAAAACAA